AUGGCUUCUAUCGGGGAUUUUGAUCCGCUUCACUCUACCGUACCUGCAACUAAGAUUGAAGUUACAGUCUCUUGCAGGAAUCUACUGGACAUGGACACAUUCUCCAAGUCAGAUCCAGUUGUGGUGCUGUAUGUACAAGGCAUUGGAACAAAGGAAUGGAGAGAGUUCGGCCGAACAGAAGUUAUUGACAACACCCUGAAUCCAGAUUUUGUGCGGAAAUUUGUUCUCGACUUCUUUUUUGAGGAGAAGCAGAAUCUUCGCUUCGACGUGUACAAUGUGGACACCAGGAGCUCAAACAUCUCUAAGCAUAAGGACUUCCUAGGGCAGACGUUCUGUACCCUGGGGGAAAUUAUCGGCUCUGCAGGUGGUCGUGUGGAGAGAUCGCUGUCGGGGAUUCCAGGGAAGAAGUGUGGUACCAUCAUAUUGACUGCUGAGGAACUGAGCAACUGCAGGGACAUCGCCACCAUGCAGCUGUGUGCCAACAAACUGGACAAAAAAGACUUCUUUGGCAAAUCAGAUCCUUUCCUGGUGUUCUACCGCAGCAACGAGGACGGAACGUUCACGAUCUGUCACAAGACUGAGGUGGUAAAGAACACUCUAAACCCAGUCUGGCAGCCUUUUACCAUUCCUGUCCGCGCGCUCUGCAACGGUGACUAUGACAGAACAGUGAAGGUGGACGUGUACGACUGGGAUCGCGACGGAAGUCACGACUUUAUCGGGGAGUUCACCACCAGUUACAGAGAGCUUUCCAGAGGACAGAGUCAGUUUAAUGUCUAUGAGGUUCUUAACCCAAAGAAGAAAGGGAAGAAAAAGAAGUAUGUAAACUCUGGCACGGUCACCUUGCUUUCCUUUAAGGUGGAAUCAGAGUACACAUUUGUGGAUUUCAUCCGAGGAGGGACACAGCUGAACUUCACUGUGGCUAUAGAUUUCACAGCAUCCAAUGGUAACCCAUCUCAGCCAACUUCACUACACUACAUGAGUCCCUAUCAGAUGAACACUUAUGCUAUGGCUCUGAAAGCCGUGGGAGAGAUCAUCCAAGACUACGACAGCGACAAGCUCUUCCCUGCCUAUGGAUUCGGAGCCAAGCUGCCCCCGGAUGGGAAGAUCUCCCACGUCUUCCCACUGAACUCCAACAGCGAAGACCCAAACUGUGUGGGCAUUGAUGGUGUACUGGAGGCCUACUUCCAGAGUCUGAGAACUGUCCAGCUUUAUGGACCCACUAACUUCGCUCCAGUCAUCAACCAGGUCGCACGGGCAGCCGAGAACGUGACAGACGGAUCACAAUACUUUGUAUUGCUUAUGAUAACCGAUGGAGUGAUUUCAGACAUGGUGCAGACCAAGGAAGCCGUUGUCAACGCUGCCUCUCUACCGAUGUCCAUCAUCAUUGUAGGAGUGGGUCCUGCUGAGUUUGAUGCUAUGGAAGAGCUGGACGGAGAUGAGGUCCGAGUAUCCUCACGGGGGCGCUAUGCUGAGAGAGACAUCGUACAGUUUGUGCCAUUUCGGGACUACAUCGACCGCUCUGGUAACCAGGUUCUAAGCAUGGCCCGGCUGGCCAAAGACGUGCUGGCCGAGAUCCCCGACCAGCUGCUGUCCUACAUGAAGACUAGAGGGAUUGAGCCACGCCCCGCUCCACCCACAUCCAACGCCAACCCUGCUCUUAACAUGCGCAUCUGA